AUGGAGGCUCGUGCAUCUUCCAGGCCGAUGCCCAGUGAGGGACUCGCCUCCAGUGGAUCGAGGCCCUCCUCAAGGUCGAGGAGUCGGAAGCUUCCACUCGGUCCAGAGGAAGCAGCGCAAGCAGCACCACCAUCGGUUCUCGGCUCGAAGGCGCCUGUGUCCUUGGAUUCAGCCAGCAGUCAUGGCUAUCCAAGCGCGAAGGACCAACCACCGGCUCAGGCACCCAUGCUACCAAGGUCCUACCCUUCACGAGUUGAUGACGCAGCACCGGGCAGGGAUGCUCGCACUUUCUCCGACGAGAUCCUGGACCGUGUCAAUCGGCUUGAUCAAAGAAAGCAGAAGGCAUUGCUGAAAAUGCUGGAUUCUCUGGAGGAGGAGCACUCGCAUCCAGCGCAUCCAGCAGCUUUUGAAUCCACCGAGGUGCAGCCGACCUCCUUGCAGUCCUCGCACUCGGACCUUCGCGGAGCUCGAUGUGAGGAGAGAAGUUCUGAGCGUCCACCUGAAGAUGCGCAGCAGGAGCUCCUGCAGUCCUUGCAGGCUCUAGAGCUCUUCCGCUCAUCGCAGAGCCGAAGGUUCUUUUCUGCGAAUCUGCAUGGCGAGCCACAAGAGCAGGAUCGGCAGGCUCCGACGCCACUGCCCGUUGCCCCCGCCCCUUCUCCUGCUCCUGGCGAUCAGCUUGAACAGGCAAGCACCGCCCAGUUUGGAUCCGAGAAGCAAGAGCUCCUUGCAGAGGCAGCUGCCAUGGGCCUUGAAAUCCCUGUGAGAAACUUCGAUGACACCGAUGCGCUGGACAGUCUCGUCUCAGCAGAGCCACGUGUGACGCUGGGCUCCUCCCUCAUUGCCAACGAGCUGCAGCAAAGCGUGGUGAUCCCAACUUUACCUCGGGGAAGGGUCCUGGUCUUCAACUGCGUCUCGACUUGGGGUGACAAGGAUUUUGUUGGCCUUGCUGGUAUCGAAAUCUUUGAUGGCCGUGGAUUCCCUGUCGUCUUGAAAGAUCUUAAUCGACAGGUCACUGCCGACCCUCACUCGAUCAAUGUUCUGGACGAGUAUGACCAUGAUCCUCGCACUCCGGACAAGCUCUUUGACCAGGUCAACCUGACUCGCGAUGAUCUUCAUGUGUGGCUUGCACCCUUCUUCAACGGCCGCGUGCACACAGUGACAGUGGACCUGGACUGCCAGACUGAAAUCAGCAUGAUUAGAGUCUGGAACUACAACAAGUCUCGUCUGCACUCGAGCAGGGGCGUGAGGGACCUGGAAAUCCUCUUGGACGGUCAUGCAAUCUUCAUUGGGGAGGUCAGGCGAGCCCCUGGGGUGUUGACCAAACCGGAAGAGGCGUGCGAACUCAUCCUGUUCACGCAAGAUGAGUCCGUUUUAGAGGCAGUUGCGGAACAUGACUGGUUGCCAGCACAUCUGCCGGUCGACUCUGAUGAGGAGUUUCAGGAAGAUGCAGCUGAGGCCGAUGAAUUCGGUGCUCUUGGUGGCAGACCCCCAACUGCUGAUUGUGCACUCGCCGGGGGAUUUUCGCCUCGCGGACAGAAGACGCCGCGCCUCUCUGAUGGCCGGCCACUGACGCGGGCCAUGGAACGAUCAAGGGGACGCGGGACAGUUUGCAGCUCUAUCACUCUGCUGGUCAACUCAACCUGGGGAGAUCAGUUCUACGUGGGACUGACAGCGCUGGAGGUCCUGGAUGGAAAUCUUGCCCCUAUUCCAUCAGAUGAGGUGAAGCUGGAAGCGUAUCCCAGAGACUUGAAUGAUCUUGAGGGGGUGGAGGGUGAUGUCCGAACACUGAGCAACCUUCUGAACGGGGUUUGCUGCACGGUAGAUGACCAGCACAUGUGGCUUGCACCCUUCUUGAAGGCUGCGCCUGAGACUUUGGAUGACGACCAAAACGACGUGAGCCAGCGCAACUACAUCCGCAUCAGCUUUGAUGCAGACCGUGAGGUUGCAGGAUUCAACGUCUGGAACUACAACAAGAACCUGGAGGACACAUGCAGAGGCAUUCGGGAGUUUUCUGUCUAUUGCGAUGACAGGUACAUUGCCACAUUCCUGUGCCGUAAAGCUCCGGGCCACGUGCACUUCGAUUUCAAGCAGGUUGUUCUCCUUGACCAGCCGCCUUCCGAUCUUGCCAGACGGGCUCCACCUCGGCUGCCCUCUCGCUCUGCAAGCAGGCGGCGCGACGGUGAGAAUCGUGAAGCGGCCAGGGCUCGACCACCAAGCGGAUCCGAAAGGACACCCGCGCAGGUGGAGGUUGGAACAAGGCUCGCUGAGCGAUCACCCUGUUCCAUAGACCGCCCACCACAGCAGUACGAAACCCCCCUCCACCCAUGUGGUUUCACAUUCAAGCUACUGUUCGCCAGUACAUGGUCGGAUGUUCACUAUGUUGGACUUGAUGGUGUUGAGAUCUACGAUGCAUCGGGAAGGCCACUGAGGCCGAAGCGUGCGCAUUCCAACCAUGGCAGUGUCAGGGACUUGCCGGGCAUGGAAGCUGAUGUCCGCACGGAGGACACCUUCCUCAAGGGUGCCCCCGGCAACAUGCGGAUGUGGUUGGCGCCCUUUUUCCGGCAGCCGCCUAACUAUGUCGAGCUAGUUUUUGACGAGCCGACACAGAUCUCGUCAAUGAAGUUCUGGAACUACUCCAGGACUCCAUCGCGAGGUGUGCGUGAUGUCGAAGUCUACGUGGACGAUCUAUUGAUCUAUCAGGGAAUCCUGAGACAGGCGUCUGGUAAAGAUGGAGGUGAGAGUGUCUUGUUCACAGACCAAUCCAAGAUCAUCGAAAGGGAACGUGCGUUCAUUUACCAGCCAAGUCCCGAUGAGCUGAUCACCUUCAUCGAUGAAAGAGGACAAUGGGAGGCUACUGGACGUGCUGCAGGUGUUCCGCUGGAACGACCCAUGACGGCGCUCACAUCCGUCACUUAG